CCUCUAGAGGAUCGAGAUUCGAGUAAGUACAUUAUAACGCCUGCCUUCGAGGACAACUCACGCCGCACGCGCGUUAUUUAAAGUUACGCUGAGAAGGUUCCCGCUUAAAAGAAGAACGUUAGCAGACUGAAAUGAGUUUCAGAAUUCAAGUAGCGUUUCUUCUUCUAUUUGGUACACUUCUGGAAGCCGGUCUACCUAAAGGUUUCAUCCUUAACAAAGCAACUAAAAAUGCCUACAAAUUGAUGUAUCAAUCUGCAACUUGGCCGGUGGCUAGAGACACGUGCAAUGAACUUGGGGCGCACUUAGCAGUACCACGUUCACAGGACGAGUUCUUCUUUAUCCAGAAACUAGUCCGUGGUAUGCAUUACCCCAGCAUCAACGGAACAGAUAACAAAUUAGUGGUCUGGCUUGGAAUCAAUAAUUUAGAUGACUAUACAAUUUGGAGAAACAUCUACGGUGAAGACAUAAAGAAGACUGGCUUUUCGACAUGGACUGGAGAUAACGGAAAGGGUUUCAGUAAUGCUCCUGAAGAGCCUCAUUGUGGAGCAAUAGACGCUGCAAAUCCUGGACUACGGGACUACUGGUGUCACCGAAGUCAACCCUAUAUCUGCCAAAUUGACCUCAUACGAAAUAAUCAAUAAAUAAUUUAAGAUAUAUACGAUUGUGUAUACUUAUAUAAUUGUGUAUUUGAACAUGUGUUAUAUCCAAAUACUAAUAUAAACUAUAAAAUCUAAACGUAUAAAAAUAAAUUAUAUUAUAAUUUGUUAUUAAUAUUUUCAACUCUCGUGAGUUUCUUUUAAAAAUGAGGUAAAAGUAUCCCUAGACUUACAUAAUGCCGAGAAAGAUUUUACCUCUCAAGCUCAGUUGCGAGUUAUCUUAAAUUCCCAUAAAAAUGGUAAAACCGACUGAACCAGCCAAUAAAACUUUAACAGAUUUG